AUGACAACUUACCUGCUCGUAACAAUUUACAAGCCACUGGAGGCCUUUCAAUUGAUAUCUUUAAGAGUACCCUUGAAUAUGUACACCGAAACAGAGCGAGUCAGUACCGUCAAAGAGUGGAGCAACAAAAUUUGUGCCACUACAAUCUCUCAGCAAAAGAACAAAGACGAUAUCUCAGAGGAGCUUAAAAACUCAGAGGGUGGUGUCUUACAGGUUUAUUAUGUGAAAGUGUUAGAGAAAGGAGACACCUAUGAGAUUAUUGAACGUAGUCUACCCAAAAAGCCAAAACUGAAGAAGGAUCCCUCUGUGAUUGAGAAGGAAGAAAUGGAUAAGAUUGGAAAAUAUUGGAUAAACCUUGUCAAGAAAGAAAUCCCAAAACAUCAUAAGAUAUUCAUCAAUUUCCACAGGAAGCAAUUGACUUAUGCCAAGAGGUUUUCAGAAACUUGUCAGAGAGAGGUAAGCACGUCCUGGAUCUUGUUGAACAAAUUUGUGUGCGAUUCUGCAAAUUUCCAUGCUAGUUGUCUUUCGGACGUUUUACUUGAGUGGUGGGUUCCCUUUUUCAGAUAAAAAUGAAAGUUAGCAGAUCACUUAAGGUGAUGAGAGGUGCUACAAUUCGUACAAGGAAACUUGCUAGGGACAUGCUCGUGUUUUGGACGAGAGUUGACAAGGAGAUGGUACUAAAAUUCUACCUUUUUGACAUUAUUUCAUAGUGAACUUUUUGCUAUUAUGGUAUGUAUGAGAAGUUGCUAUUCGAGAGCAACCUGAGCAGUCGGAGAGGAGGGAGGGAGGAAAAGUCAGCCAUGGUUACCUCCAUUCUUUUUUCAAGCAUGGUUAGCUGCAUUCUUAAUUAGCAAAGAUGCAGCUCUUUAUUUUGAUGGUUUUCAGACUAUUACCACAUUGUAUAUUCAUCUUAGCCUGUACUAUCCUGAAGAAGUAAUGAAAGGUGAUAAAGUAUAUUCACCUAUUCUGGCUCUCUAGUUCUGUCCCUAUUUUAUAUGAUAACGACAUGUUAGAUUGAUGAUAUUGUUGCCGUAAGAGUUUCUUUUCAGCCAAUAUUUUUUUGGGUUAUAUGUUGGUUUACCUGCUAAAGCUAUGCAAUGGAGUAUUGAUACACUUAUGAGAAAAGAAAGUGUACAUUUAUCAGGAUUAAGGACUCAUAAAGAUGCAUGUCCUUAGUCGUGUUUCCUCUAGAAGACUGAAUAUAAUAAAAGAACAUACUUCUUCACGAGUUUCUGCUGUUGACUGUUUGACAAGAGGACUUCCUAAGAUGUAAAUUUUUAAUGUUGCAGGCAGAAGUAAGGAAAGGGGAGGAAAAAGAAGCUGCAGAGGCUUUGAAGCGUGAACAGGAGCUUCGUGAAGCAAAGAGGCAACAACAGAGGCUCAACUUUCUGCUAUCUCAAACUGAACUUUACGCUAUUUCAUGCAAAAUAAAUCAACUUUAUCAUCUGAGGUUGUGACUUUAGGUGAUGAAAUGACAAAUGACCAAGAAAUGUUAUUAAGUUCCAGUGAAGCUAGACCUGGAGAGGAAGAGGAUCCUGAAGAGGCUGAGCUGAGAAAAGAGGCCUUGAAAGCUGCACAGGAAUGCAGUUUCAAAGCAGAAAAUGAUGACAAGUGCAUUUGAUAGUGAAUGUCUGAAGCUGCGGCAAGCUGCUGAAAUUGAACCCUCCCAGCAAGAUGCCGCAGCUGCUAACAUAGACUUAUUGCAUCCGUGAAGAAAGGUUAGUAGUAUUAGAAUAAGGAAAUCCUCAACUCUCUUUUUGUUUUCCCUCUUUCUUUUCUCUCAUUUUCUUUUCAAGCUAUUCACUUUUUUCUUGUGAUGACUCACUCACUUCACUCCACACUUCCUCUCCUUUUUUCACUCUAGAGUUUGUCACUUUUCUCUCCCUUACUUCUCUCUUUCUUUUGUCUCUCGUCCUUACGUUUUCUCUUUGCAUUUUUCAAGGAUGUUCUCAAACUUAUUUGGCCUCUUCCCCUUUGGUUCACUUCAUCCCCCCUAUAUUCGACAUUGAAAACUUAUUGGAAGUUGUCCAACUCAUUCAAGGUGGUCUCAUGAUUAUGUUGAAAAAGUGGGUUGUUAAUCAUUCGAGGCUCUUGAGGUGGUAUGGGUGGUGGAGGAGCGAGAUUGUCACUCCUUGGUGGUGCUUGAGGCAUACGUUGGGGAGGUAGAUUCAUUGGUGGUCUAGGUUGGGUCAUUUGGGUUGGUGAUAUUAUGAGUAUGUGUGCUUGAGGUCUAAAUGGUGGUUUGUGUUGGUAGUUGGUAGGUACGGUAGUUUGGUGGAGGAAAAUAAGGUCCCUUGGUGAAUGUGGUCGCUUUGGUAAGUUUUGUGGUAUUUGGUUGGGUUGGUUGUGUUGCAAAUUUUCCUUUUGAAGCAUUUGUCGCACUUGUGAAGGAGAGGGCGUAGUAGAGGAAUUAGUAAGCGUCAUACUAUGCUCCUUUCCU